AUGGGCCUGGCGGAGCACAUGAGCGAGAACCCCGACCCCGUGAGCUGCGCCGGCGGCACCGACGAGCCGCGCCGACUGCCGGCGCUCGACGACCUGCGCCCGCCCUCCUCGAGCGCGCCGCCCAACCCGCUGGCGCCGCUCAACCACCACAACCAGGUGACGCGCUUCAUGGCCAAGCAGGCGCUCGGCUACAUCCCCAAGCUCAGCGUGCGCAGCCCCGAGCGCAGCACCGGCGUCGGCUCGCCGUCCUUCCGGCUGCCGAGCCUCUCGGGCACGCCGCCGCUGUCGCCGCAGAAGUGGGCGGGGCCGUCCCCGUUCUCCGGCCAAGACGACGCGCAGGCCGGCAAUGACGGCAGCGGCCGGCCGAGCCUGCCGGCAUUCGGCCAGGGCGCCGGCAACUUCAUCCAGCGCUCGGGCAGCUUCUCCGAGAGCUGCGCGUCCCCGAUCCCGCCGCUCAAGCGCCAGCACCAGGAGACGCCGGCCACGACGACGACGACGCACCACCCCAUGUCCAUCGCCGAUCUUUGCCAGCCGUUCCGCUACAUGCGCGCGGCCUCGUGCCCCUGGAGACCCGCCAUCGAGCCGCAGACCUACAUGCGCACGCAGUCGGGAUGCAGCGACGUCGACACGCUGCGCGGCAGCCUGCCGUUGAGCGGCCCACCGUCAAUGGACGACGACUUCCGCCGGAACCGCCUCGAGCGCAGCAGCUCCAUGGACGCGCAGACGCUCAUGCGCGGCCUCAAGCGCCCCGCGGCCAUGCCGGUCGACCUCACGCAGUGGCUCGACCGGCCGUGCCGGAGCUCCCUGAGCUCGCUGGCCGACUCGGCGGCCGACUCGGCGGCCGACUCGAUGCACCUGCUCGAGCAGGCCGGGCGCUCCAUGCGCAUCUCGGACUCGCCCCGGGCGGACCCCAUCGACGCGUCGCGCGAGGCCAAGCGCGAGAAGAAGCUCUGUGCCUUCCCGCAGUGCACCAGCAACGCCGUGACGCGCGGCCUAUGCAUCAGCCACGGCGGCGGCCGCCGGUGCCAACGUAAGGGCUGCACGCGCGGCGCCCAGAGCAAGGGGCUGUGUGUGGCCCACGGCGGCGGCCGCAUCUGCCGCGCUGCUGGGUGCUCCAACAUCCAACGCAGCAUGGGGCUGUGCAUCCGCCACGGCGGCGGCCGGCGCUGCAGCGUCAAGGGCUGCCAGAAGGGCGUCUGCCGCGUGCCCGACUGCACCAAGCACGUCAAGAAGAAAGGUUUGUGCCGGUCGCACGCCAACUCUAUGUACGCUAUGCCUUUGCCCGGCUCGAGUUAA